UGUGUGGGUGUGUCUGAGCAUCAUGCGUUAUACUGAAUAAAUUCACGAAAGAAAUGAGGACAAAUAGCAAAAUCUAAGCUCAUACCUCAUGUUUUUCUUCACGCAAGCAAGCAGCUAAGUGUGGAGGUUACUUAAGCCUUUGCUCCCUCGCGUGGCUUUAAAGCCUUCUUUCUUUCCUCAUUAAAUCUUCAUUAAAAUCACUUCCCCCACCAAACAUAUCCUAAAUUCCUCAAGCACCACCAUUCCUUCUUCUCCUCCUCCUCUCAUUUAAUUCCUCCUUUCCUCUUUCCUUCAAAUUCAAAGCCCAUUUCUAUCACCAAUUAAAACCCUAGGAUUUUUUUUCCUUUUUAACCUAAUUAUUACAUCAAAAUACUUUCCCCUUACAUAUAUAUUCAUUUAAACGAAAAAGUCAUACUUCUUACCCAUUAGAGAUCAUGAGUCUAAAUUCUUGCAGCAGCGGCGGUAGCGGUAGCGGCGGCAACGCAAGUGGUAGUGGAUGCGGCGGUGGUGGCAGCAGCAGUAGCCCUUGCGGCGCGUGCAAGUUUUUGAGGAGGAAGUGCGUGGCUGGGUGCAUUUUUGCUCCGUACUUUGACUCGGAGCAAGGAUCGGCCCACUUCGCGGCCGUGCACAGGAUUUUCGGGGCGAGCAACGUGUCUAAGCUCCUUCUCAACAUUCCACCCAACAGGAGGCUUGAUGCUGUGAUCACCAUUUGCUUUGAAGCACAAGCAAGGCUUAGAGAUCCUGUGUAUGGCUGUGUUGGUCACAUCUUUGCCCUUCAGCAACAGGUGAUCGCUUUACAGGCAGAAAUCACCUUCUUGCAAGCCCACAUCCCAACAACUGAGUUGCAGAUGCCUCCACCCCCUCCUCCACCACAAGCGGCGGUGGCACCACCAGCUUUUUCAAUCUCAGACCUUCCAUCCACCACCACAGUGGCCAUGCCAGCCGCCAACUAUGACUUAUCUGCACUUUUUGACCCACUCCCUUCAUGGGCUGUGCAACAAAGAGCCAUGGACCCACGCCAAUACUUGGCUACAGGCCCAUCACCAACCACUAGUGGUGCUUUUCAUGCUGUGGCACGUGAGUAUGCUCAUAGACAUGGGCCUGCUGCACCUGGGCCUUAUGGGCCUCAUGGGCCAUCCUCCAAUGCCUCCUCAUCUCUAUCAAAAUUUUCUAAAUGAUUAUAAAACAAAUCUUUUGACUUCAAUCAACUAAUUAAACUGUUUCUUUUUUUCCCCCAUUGGUUGAUCAUGGGAAACUAGCAUGAGAUCUUAGAUUUUCAAAUACCUUUUAAUACUUGAGAAAGCAAUUAUUAAGACAAUUGUGAUUAUAUCGUUGUCGUCCCCUUCCUGUGUUGGUUUAUUUACUAUGACAUGCAUUAUUAGAGCUUAGUCAUAUUUUGAAUCUCUUUCACAUUCACUUUCAUGCAUAUUGAUAGUAUAAAGCCCUGAAAUUGUUUGCUAUGUUUGUAAGUUGUUUAGUUUCAUAUUUGCAAUCUUUAUAUCCUAUAUUUGAAAGAUUUAGCAUGAAAGGCUUUUAUGCCAAUUUGGGGAGUUGCUCCUCGGUUAGAGCUGAGUUGUGGGGUGUGCUUAAAAGCCUUAGGUUGGCUAAAGGGUUGUCUCUGGACACAAUUCAGGUAGAGAUGGACUCGAAGAUAGCCUAUGAUCUGAUCACUAUCAAGUGUCCAGGGGGUCAUCCUUGUGAGGAUUUGGUAAAGGAGAUUGUGGGGUUGGCGAGUGAUGGUUGGGUUGUUUCUUUUCAUGUUAUCAAUAGGGAAGCUAAUAGGAGUGUUGAUUGCCUAGCUAGAUUGGGGCAUGGGGUUGUAGAAAUGGCGUUUGAUUUUUCUUGUAUUCCCACUACGUCGGGUCCUAUCCUUAGGGAUGAUAUUGUUGGGGUUGCUUUCCUAGGUCUGUGUAGUUUGUUUUUUUUUUGGUUUUAUCCCCGCCAAUAUAUCAAAAAAAAGAAAGAUCUAGCAUGUCCAGACUUGUUUGGAAACAAAUUUGCUAAUAGGUUGGUUGUGUGUAGCUAGAGCAAGGGGAUUGAUUUUGGUUUAGUUGCUAAGAAAGGUAAGAUUCAACAAAAAUCUCGUAAUGUUGGUCGCACGACCUCUGCGCCGAGCUUUGGCUGAGCCGGUGCUUCCCCACCGAGGCAUGCAUUUGCAACAACAACAACGAGAGAGUUAGAGGGAGAGGGAGAUAAUCAGGAGUCAAAGACGAGUCAUAAAUGAAAUGGUACCUUGGGAUGAGAAAGAGAGGGGGGUCGGGUCUUUGAUUCGAUGAAAGAGUGAAAUAUAUGGGACUUAGAGAGAGAUAUAAGAUACGUGAGAUCGAUGAUACGCUUGAUUAGUACUCCAACAUCAUGAUAUAUGAUUAUGGAUUAAAUAUAAGUUUAAAAUGUUCUAACUGGUAUAUAGUUUGUAAAUUUUUAUUAAUUUUUUAUUAUUUGCUA